UCCCCGCGCGACAAACCAGCUGGCGGCUGGGGCUCGGGCGCCGCGCGCAGCCAACCAGCGCGGCGGGAGGGGCGCGGGGCGGGCCGGGCCGGGGGCCCGCAGCCGUCACGCGGUGCCGCCGUCAGAGCGCCCAGCGCAGCCGGGGAGCAGCAGCCGCUCUGCGCUCGCUCGGGACCCGCGCCCCUCCCGAUGCUCAUGCCGCGCCGCCGCCGCCAGUGACGCCGGAGAGGUGUCUCCCCUGCUCGCUGGGGCUCCCACUGCUGCUAGGAGUGACCCACAGAGGCCGCAGAGAUGGCCGGGGCCUCGGUGAAGGUGGCGGUGCGCGUCCGCCCCUUCAACUCUCGGGAGAUGAGCCGCGAGUCCAAGUGUAUCAUCCAGAUGUCGGGGAGCACCACCACCAUCGUUAACCCCAAACAGCCCAAGGAGACACCCAAAAGCUUCAGCUUCGACUACUCCUACUGGUCACACACCUCCCCGGAAGACAUCAACUACGCCUCUCAGAAGCAGGUGUACCGCGACAUCGGCGAGGAGAUGCUGCAGCACGCCUUCGAAGGCUACAACGUCUGCAUCUUCGCCUACGGACAGACUGGGGCUGGCAAGUCCUACACCAUGAUGGGCAAGCAGGAGAAGGACCAGCAGGGCAUCAUCCCGCAGCUCUGCGAGGAUCUCUUCUCCCGCAUCAACGACACUACCAACGAUAACAUGUCCUACUCCGUGGAGGUCAGCUACAUGGAGAUUUACUGCGAGCGUGUCCGUGACCUCCUGAACCCCAAGAACAAGGGCAACCUGCGUGUGCGGGAGCACCCGCUGCUGGGUCCCUACGUGGAGGACCUGUCCAAGCUGGCGGUCACCUCCUAUAAUGACAUCCAAGACCUCAUGGACUCAGGGAACAAGGCCCGGACGGUGGCGGCCACGAACAUGAACGAGACCAGCAGCCGCUCCCACGCCGUCUUCAACAUCAUCUUCACGCAGAAGCGCCAUGAUGCGGAAACCAACAUCACCACGGAGAAAGUGAGCAAAAUCAGCCUGGUGGACCUGGCCGGGAGUGAGCGGGCCGACUCCACAGGGGCCAAGGGCACACGCCUGAAGGAGGGAGCCAACAUCAAUAAGUCCCUGACCACCCUGGGCAAGGUCAUCUCCGCACUGGCCGAGAUGGAUUCUGGGCCCAACAAGAACAAGAAGAAGAAGAAGACAGACUUCAUUCCCUACAGAGACUCGGUGCUGACCUGGCUCCUCCGGGAAAACCUAGGUGGGAACUCCAGGACCGCGAUGGUGGCGGCGCUGAGCCCCGCGGACAUCAACUAUGAUGAGACGCUGAGCACCCUGAGGUACGCCGACCGGGCCAAGCAGAUCCGCUGCAACGCCGUCAUCAACGAGGACCCCAACAACAAGCUGAUCCGAGAGCUGAAGGACGAGGUGACGCGCCUGCGGGACCUGCUCUACGCCCAGGGUCUCGGCGACAUCACUGACACCGGCACUGUGCCCGGAGGACCCAGAUACGUGUCCGACCUUGAGAACAAUAACCGUAACCGUGGCGGGGUGGAGCUGAACCCAGCCCCUGACAAUCUCUCCACAGUGACCAACGCCCUGGUGGGCAUGAGCCCCUCGUCCUCGCUCUCGGCCCUGUCCAGCCGCGCUGCCUCCGUGUCCAGCCUGCACGAGCGCAUCUUGUUUGCCCCGGGCAGCGAGGAGGCCAUCGAAAGGCUGAAGGAGACAGAAAAGAUCAUCGCUGAGCUCAACGAGACCUGGGAGGAGAAGCUGCGGCGGACAGAAGCCAUCCGGAUGGAGAGGGAAGCGCUGCUGGCCGAGAUGGGAGUGGCCAUGCGGGAGGAUGGCGGCACCCUGGGGGUGUUCUCUCCCAAAAAGACGCCACAUCUGGUCAACCUGAACGAGGACCCGCUCAUGUCUGAGUGCCUGCUGUACUACAUCAAGGAUGGGAUCACCAGGGUGGGCCGGGAGGAUGCGGAGAAGCGGCAGGACAUUGUUCUGAGCGGGCACUUCAUCAAGGAGGAGCACUGUGUCUUCCGGAGCGACUCUCGCGGGGGAAGUGAAGCUGUGGUGACCCUAGAGCCCUGUGAAGGGGCGGACACCUAUGUCAAUGGCAAGAAAGUCACAGAGCCCAGCGUCCUGCGGUCAGGAAACCGCAUCAUCAUGGGCAAGAGCCACGUGUUCCGGUUCAACCACCCGGAGCAGGCGCGGCAGGAGCGCGAGCGCACGCCCUGCGCGGAGACGCCGGCCGAGCCCGUGGACUGGGCCUUCGCCCAGCGCGAGCUGCUGGAGAAGCAGGGCAUCGACAUGAAGCAGGAGAUGGAGCAGAGGCUCCAGGAGCUGGAGGACCAGUACCGUCGGGAGCGCGAGGAGGCCACCUACCUGCUGGAGCAGCAGCGACUGGACUACGAGAGCAAGCUGGAGGCCCUGCAGAAGCAGAUGGACUCCAGGUACUACCCCGAGGUGAACGAGGAGGAGGAGGAGCCGGAGGACGAAGUCCAGUGGACGGAGCGGGAGUGCGAGCUGGCGCUGUGGGCCUUCCGGAAGUGGAAGUGGUACCAGUUCACGUCGCUGCGGGACCUGCUGUGGGGCAACGCCAUCUUCCUCAAGGAGGCCAACGCCAUCAGCGUGGAGCUCAAGAAGAAGGUCCAAUUCCAGUUUGUCCUCCUCACGGACACACUCUACUCCCCACUGCCACCUGACCUACUGCCCCCGGAGGCUGCCAAGGACCGAGAGACUCGCCCCUUCCCGCGCACCAUCGUGGCCGUGGAGGUCCAAGACCAGAAGAACGGGGCCACCCACUACUGGACGCUGGAGAAACUCAGACAGCGGCUGGACCUGAUGCGGGAGAUGUAUGACCGGGCGGCCGAGGUGCCCUCCAGCGUCAUCGAGGACUGUGACAACGUGGUGACCGGAGGAGACCCCUUCUAUGACCGCUUCCCCUGGUUCCGGCUGGUGGGCAGUUCAGUCGUCUCUGGCUGCAACAGCUACCCUCUUCUCAACACAUGCAUGAGCGAGCGCAUGGCUGCUCUCACCCCCUCCCCCACCUUCUCGAGCCCCGACUCCGACGCCACCGAGCCUGCCGAGGAGCAGAGCGUGGGGGAGGAGGAGGAGGAGGAGGAGGAGGAGGAGGAGGAGGACCUGGAGGACGACGUCUUUCCGGAGCACGUGCUGUGCGACGGCCGGGACCCGUUUUACGACCGGCCCCCCCUGUUCAGUUUAGUAGGAAGGGCCUUCGUGUACCUCAGCAACCUGCUGUAUCCCGUGCCGCUGGUGCACCGCGUGGCCAUCGUCAGCGAGAAGGGCGAGGUGAAGGGCUUCCUGCGCGUGGCCGUGCAGGCCAUCUCAGCCGACGAGGAGGCCCCUGACUACGGCUCCGGCGUCCGCCAGUCUGGAACAGCCAAAAUCUCCUUUGACGACCAGCAUUUCGAGAAGUUCCAGGCCGAGUCCUGCCCCGGGGUGGGCAUGUCCCGCUCAGGGACCUCCCAAGAGGAGCUGCGGAUCGUGGAAGGCCAGGGCCAGGCCGCAGACUCUGGGCCCUCAGCCGACGAGGUCAACAACAACACCUGCUCAGCGGUGACCCCGGAGGGCCUCCUGGACAGCCCCGAGAAAGCCGCCCUGGACGGGCCCCUGGACGCCGCCCUGGACCACCUCGGCCUGGGCAGCACCUUCACCUUCCGCGUGACCGUCCUGCAGGCGUCCAGCAUCUCUGCUGAAUAUGCCGACAUCUUCUGCCAGUUCAACUUCAUCCAUCGCCAUGAUGAGGCCUUCUCUACAGAGCCCUUGAAGAACACAGGGAGGGGCCCCCCGCUGGGCUUCUACCACGUCCAAAAUAUCGCAGUGGAGGUGACCAGGUCCUUCAUCGAAUACAUCAAGAGCCAGCCCCUCGUCUUCGAGGUCUUCGGGCACUACCAGCAGCACCCGUUCCCGCCCCUCUGCAAGGACGUGCUCAGCCCCCUGAGGCCCUCACGCCGCCACUUCCCACGGGUCAUGCCGCUCUCCAAGCCAGUGCCGGCCACCAAGCUCAGCACACUGACGCGGCCCUGCCCAGGGCCCUGCCACUGCAAGUACGACCUGCUGGUCUACUUCGAGAUCUGCGAGCUGGAGGCCAACGGCGACUACAUCCCGGCAGUGGUGGACCACCGCGGCGGGAUGCCGUGCAUGGGGACCUUCCUGCUCCACCAGGGCAUCCAGAGACGGAUCACGGUGACCCUGCUGCACGAGACGGGCAGCCACAUCCGCUGGAAGGAAGUGCGGGAGCUGGUGGUGGGUCGCAUCCGAAACACCCCGGAAACGGACGAGUCCCUGAUAGACCCUAACAUCUUGUCACUCAGCAUCCUCUCGUCCGGAUACAUCUGCCCAGCCCAGGACGACCGGCAGUUUCUUGAUUCGGACAUGCCUAGCGUUUCGUUUGGAAGUGACACUAGAACCUUUUACCAGUUUGAGGCUGCGUGGGACAGCUCCAUGCACAAUUCCCUCUUGCUGAACCGGGUCACCCCUUACCGAGAGAAGAUCUACAUGACCCUCUCUGCUUAUAUCGAGAUGGAGAACUGCACGCAGCCGGCUGUGGUCACCAAGGACUUCUGCAUGGUCUUCUACUCCCGCGACGCCAAGCUGCCCGCCUCACGCUCCAUCCGCAACCUAUUCGGCAGUGGGAGCCUGCGGGCCUCGGAGAGCAACCGCGUGACGGGCGUGUACGAGCUGAGCCUGUGCCACGUGGCUGACGCGGGAAGCCCAGGCAUGCAGCGGCGGCGCCGGAGGGUGCUGGACACGUCCGUGGCCUACGUCCGCGGCGAGGAGAACCUGGCAGGCUGGAGGCCGCGCAGCGACAGCCUCAUCCUGGACCACCAGUGGGAGCUGGAGAAGCUGAGUCUCCUGCAGGAGGUGGAGAAGACGAGACACUAUCUGCUGCUGCGGGAGAAGCUGGAGACGGCCCAGCGGCCCGGCCCCGAGGCGCCAUCCCCUGCCUCCAGCGAGGACUCUGAGGCCCAUGGCUCGUCCAGCGCCUCCUCCCCGCUCACGGCCGAGGCCCGGCCGGCAUCCCUGGAGGCGCCCAGUGAGAGGCAGCGGGAGCUGGCUGUCAAGUGCUUACGGCUGCUCACUCACUCCUUCAACAGGGAGUACACCCACAGCCAUGUCUGCGUCAGCGCCAGCGAGAGCAAGCUCUCCGAGAUGUCGGUCACACUGCUGCGGGACCCGUCCAUGUCCCCGCUGGGGGCCGCCACGCUCACCCCCUCCUCCACCUGCCCCUCCCUGGUCGAGGGCCGGUACGGGGCCUCUGACCUAAGGACCCUACAGCCCUGCUCCCGGCCGGCCAGCCCGGAGCCUGAGCCCCUGCCCGAGGCAGAUGCCAAGAAGCCCCCCUCCCCUGCACGGGCAGCGGAAGCCGACAAGGAGCCCCAGCGCCUGUUGGUGCCCGACAUCCAGGAAAUCCGCGUCAGCCCCAUCGUCUCCAAGAAGGGCUACCUGCACUUCCUGGAGCCGCACACGGCUGGCUGGGCCAAGCGCUUCGUGGUGGUGCGGCGGCCCUACGCCUACAUGUACAACAGCGACAAGGACGCCGUGGAGCGGUUCGUGCUCAACCUGUCCACCGCCCAGGUGGAGUACAGUGAGGACCAGCAGGCCAUGCUGAAGACCCCCCAACACGUUCGCCGUGUGCACGGAGCACCGGGGCAUCUUGCUGCAGGCCAGCAGCGACAAGGACAUGCACGACUGGUUGUACGCCUUCAACCCCCUGCUGGCCGGGACCAUACGGUCCAAGCUGUCCAGGAGGAGGUCUGCCCAGAUGCGGGUCUGAGCCCAGCCUCCCACAGGCCCGGCCCCGCGUCCCGUCAUCGUCACCGUCUGUGUCAGCGCCGCCCAGCCCCGCCCGCCUCCUGGGAUGCCCGCCCCGCCGGGGACCUGCCACACGACCUGUCCCAGCAGAGGCCGCACGUGUCAUCCUUUUUUUCUGCAGGAGGCGCCCCGGGUGGGAGGAGCUGGGAGGCGCCAGAAAGGCGGGGGGGCAGCAGUCACGGGGCGUCGCCGCCGUUCUAAUAUUUUUUUAAGCAUAGACAGACUUAUAAUUAAUAUACGCUAGUUAGUGACGUUGAGACAGUUCUCUCAGACAUUAACAAUAAGACUGUGUUCUAUUUAUAAGUAUUUAUUUCUAACGCCUUCACGUAGACCUGUAGGAUUCAGAUGGACCCGCCCCCUUGUUCCCACACACACCUCCCAAGCCUCUCGGGGACAGACGUGUCGGGGCGGCUCCCCGGGGGCCACGGGGACGUGGAGCUGGACAGAUGGCCCCGGGGAUGUGCUGCCGCGGCCGCAGCUGAGGCCUGUCCCCACGCACGCGGGGCCGGCCUGGUCCCGGGGCCUGUGUGUGUGUGCGUGUGUGCGUGUGUGUCGGGGGUGUGCUGCCUGAAGGCCGAGCAGCACAGGUGUGUCCUUGCACCAGGAGUAGAACGCGUGUCUUACCUGGACGGCAGCCCCUGAGCCGUGACCGCUGGGGGACACUUGCAGCGCAUCCCUGGGAGCAGGUGGGGGGGCCCAGGCGCCCGGUCUGGGGUGAGAGGGUCAGGGUGGUGCCCGGUGUCCCGGCCAGCCGGGGGCGGGGCUGGGUCUAUGAGAGGCUGUGGGCAGCGUGAGCCCCAGGUCGCCGUGGGCCCCUCUCUUGCCAGGAGAGGAGUGUUCGGGGGGUCCCGGGGGAGACUCUGGCAGCCGGUGCGGGUGGCCAGUGCCAGCGCUGGGUCAUCUGUCUUCCAGGAGCCUUUUCUUGUGCCCGAGGGUGUCACCGUGUCUGGUCUGGCCUCUCAUGAUGAUACCCAUCUCGUCCCCUCUUCAGACUCUGUGCCCGAGGGUCGCCCGGGCUGAGGGUCUGGUCGGGGAACCCACUGGCCUGGGGUCUUCGGGGAGCUGUUCCUUCUCCCGGCCCCUCUUCAGCUCAGGGGAGAGCAGCCACAGCACAAGCCCCGUCCACUCUGCGGCACCCAGAGCAGGUGGCAGAGGUGGAGGGUCUAGACGAGGACCGAACACCGUCCAGAAACCGGAGGCCCGAGCGCCCCGGGGUCCGUGGAGGCGGAGAGCAGAGAGCAGGCUGAGGGCCGCUCCGGAACCAACACUGAGCCGGCCUUGCGGGCAGGGGGAGGACGCACGGGUGAGCUCUGGGGGUCAGUCCCGAGUGCCCCGCUGUCCUGCGGGGAGACUGGGGCGCAGGGCCCGGCCAUGGCCCCUCAGGUCAGCCAGCCUGAGGCCGCGGCCUCGCCAGGGUCCGAGGCCCUGUCUGGGGGCAGGGUGCCUGGGGCCAGCCAGCCUGCAGAGCCCCUGCUGCGCGGGGCGGGCCUGAGGGACUUGCCCGCGUCCGGGGCCCCCACGGCCACGGGGGCCACCACGGCUGCUGCGUCCUGCCAUCCCAGCGGGGACGUGGUGCUCAGGGUGUCCCUGCCCAUCUCCGCCUCCUCCUCUCGGCCUGGGCCCAAGAGCUCCGUCUGUGUGUCGGGAAAGCCGCUGUCCCGGGCCGGGUGCUGUGGGAGCCAGCACAGGGGGUCCGGGACCCUGUCCCGUUGGUGACAUGGGGGGCCAGUCUGGAGGCCCGGGGGUGGGCGCAGACGGGAAGGUUGGGUGCAGGGUCGUGCUGCAUCCCCGAGGGGCGGGAAGGAUGCAGGGAGCCACCUCUCGGACGGGCUUUGUUUCGGUGCUUGAGGCUGCUCGGGCUGCAGCUGCUGUGAAUUUGGGGGUGUCCCCGCGUCCCCUCCAGGAAGGGGGGCACGCCUUCGGCCCCCCUGGGGGCACUCUGGCGGCCCUGGGCAGAGCCCCGGGCGGGAGAGUCUGGGUCCUGGUGAGUGGGCUGGGUGUCAGGGGCAGGUGUUGAGAGACUUGUCAGUUUCAAGGCCUCUGUGCUCGGAGUGACUGUUCUUAAGAUGCCAGCAUUUCGUUCUCUGACAAUGCGCACGCACACACACACACGCAUACACACACACACACAUGCACACACACCCAGCACGCUGACUGCGGUGAUCUCCCGUCAGUCCUGGACCCCCUCGGCACCCCUGGGCCGGAUGAGGCAAGACACCCAAGGAGGGUCCCUGAACGUCGCCGAUGUUAUGGCCCGAAUGGGGCUGCCAUGCCGGUCCCCGUCAGCUCUCCCCAGCUCGGGAACCCCAGAGGCCCUCUCCUUCAUCCCCUGGGACAGACACGAGGCUGCAGCCUCUCCCCAGACCCAGGCCUCCUGCGGCCAGCCGUCCCCCGAGUCCCCCGUGGCUUGUACAUAUGUGCUUGUGUGGCCCCUGCACCGUGACCGCCAUCCUGAUGUAACGACUAGUUCCCUGGUGUCCUGAACCCGAGUGUUAGGCUCUUGGCUCCUGCCCAUGUGUGUGCACUUAAGCUCUGUCCAGUUAAGAAAUAAAAUGGCUCUUUAUGCAACACCAGA